CGCCCCUCCUCCGUCGCGGGUGGAAACCCCGUGCGGACCGGUGGGGCGCUCUUUCGGGAGCCGCCAUUCCGCGAGUUGGUCGCGGGUGCCGGCCUCGCCAUGCAGAUCUUCGUGAAGACCCUCACGGGGAAAACCAUCACCCUCGAGGUUGAGCCUUCUGAUACUAUAGAAAAUGUAAAAGCCAAGAUCCAGGAUAAGGAAGGCAUUCCUCCUGAUCAGCAGCGGCUGAUUUUUGCUGGGAAGCAGCUAGAAGAUGGACGCACACUGUCUGACUACAACAUUCAAAAAGAAUCAACUCUGCACCUUGUGCUGAGACUUCGUGGUGGUGCUAAGAAAAGAAAGAAGAAGUCUUACACUACUCCCAAGAAAAACAAGCAUAAGAGAAAGAAGGUCAAGCUUGCAGUGCUCAAGUAUUACAAGGUGGAUGAGAACGGCAAGAUCAGUCGUCUGCGCCGGGAGUGCCCCUCUGAGGAGUGUGGAGCUGGAGUCUUCAUGGCCAGUCACUUUGACAGACACUAUUGUGGCAAGUGCUGUCUGACAUACUGCUUCAAUAAACCAGAAGACAAGUAAAUGUACUAGAAAAUAAAAAUCUAAAUUUCUGUACAUCUUAA